UCCCUUCCACACGUUUCCAGCGCCUUCCACUGCCUAUUUAACCAAUCCACCUCCCGAAAGCUUUUCAGACCACAGCCAUGGCUAAGAAUGAGCUCAAGCUUCUAGGAGCAUGGGCAAGCCCAUAUGUUAUGAGACCAAGGAUUGCCCUUAACAUCAAAUCUGCUGAUUAUGAGUUUCUUCAGGAAACUUUUGGAUCAAAAAGCCAGCUCCUUCUUGAAUCUAAUCCUGUCCACAAGAAAAUCCCUGUUCUCAUUCACAAUGGUAAGCCCAUUUGUGAAUCUCUAAUCAUUGUUGAGUACAUCGACGAGGUUUGGUCUUCUGGCCCAUCUAUUCUUCCCUCUGAUCCUUAUGACCGAGCCACUGCAAGAUUUUGGGGUGCCUAUGUCGAUGAGAAGUGGUUCCCAAACUUGAAAAUGCUUUCAACUGCUGAAGGAGAGGCAAGAGAUGAGGUGAUAGGGAGCCUAGUAGAAGGGCUUGUGCUGCUGGAGGAUGCAUUUAAGAAGAUGAGCAAAGGGAAGGCUUUCUUUGGAGGAGACCAAAUUGGGUAUCUUGAUAUAGCAUUUGGUUGCUAUUUGGGGUGGUUGAGAGCCGCAGAGAAGAUGAGUGGAGUGAAGCUGGUAGAUGAAGCAAAAACUCCAGGUCUUGUAAAGUGGGCUGAAACCUUCUCUUCUCAUCCUGCUGUUAAGGAUGUGAUGCCAGACGUUGAUAGGCUUGUGGAGUUUGGAAAGUCACUUGCAGCCAAAUUCAAAGCAGCAAAAACUGGGUCCUAGGCAACCAUAUCAUGGCUGUUCAAAGAAAAUCUGCCUCAAAUUCAGAAAUAAGUUGGAAUUACUAGCUAGAAACAAUAAAAAUGUCAGCUAGUGUAUUGUUUCUGCUUUUCUUAGAUUGUAGAAAUAAAUUUAAUUUAGUGGGAACAAUGAAGGAAGAUGGUAGCUUUGUUGUACCAUUUGAUCUUUGAUUUAAUUACUAUGAGUAAAGAAUUAAAGAUGGAA